UUUGUGUUUUUUUAAUAUACAAAAAAAUUUUAUUUUAUUUUUUGGCUAAAUAAAAAAACAUUGAAAUAAACACUGAGUGCACUAAAAAAAUUGUUUUGCAAAAAAAAAAAAAUAAACAAAAAAAAAUUCUCCACGAACAAAACAAAAGUUGCCACAAAUUUUAUGUUAGCGAGACAACCUCACACCCAACGCUUUUUUUGUUGCAGCGAAACGACCCAUAAAGUAUCACAUUACAGAAAUCAAUAAAGUUCACACUCUGUUCGUCUCUCGUAGCAAACGACGACGACGACGACGACGACGACUGACGGCACAGCAGCAGCUAUAAAUAAUAAUAAAUAGCGGAGAAGCAAAGAAAACGACGAAGAAAUAUAAUAAAUAUGCUCGCCUCGAGGCAUCAUCACAUUGUAAAGCAACUCAUUGCACUGCUGUUGCUGCUGUUCAUGAUAGAUAAUGUACAAAAUACGAAGAGCCGAACGCAGCAACGACCAUUGUGUCAUUUUACGAGUGAAAUUGAUCCUGAACUGCGACACAGUCGGGCAUUAGAUAAAAAAUAUCAAAUUAAGUUAGAUAAUGAAAAUAUUAAGUAUUUCAUACCGGGAGACACAUACACGAUCAGCAUCAGUGGCGUGAAACCAAAUCAACAUUUCGUCUCGUACUAUUUGACAGCCGAAGCCACAGUACCGAGCGAAGCAAAUAUCGAGCAAACGAGCACGAGCACUACUUCAGUUAAUGAAGGAAAUAAUAACAAUAACAAUAAUAAAACAUAUCAAAAUGUUGGAACUUUUCAAUUAUUAUCAAGCACUUUUGGAAAGUUCAGUGAAAAAUGUCCUAAUCUCAUCUUGCCGAGCGAAAUGUCUCCCAAGAGGAAAAUUCAGGUACUGUGGACGGCACCCAGGGGAGAGAUUGAAUGCGUAACGUUGAAGGCUGCGGUGAUGCUACCCGAUAAGCAGACGGUAAGCAGUAAACAUCAUCGGGCGAAGCAGCAACAGUACGGCAUUGUACGGAAAAAGUUGUGUCGACAACCCGGCUUGGAAUACGACGAUGAUGAAGACGAGGAUGAUGAAGAGGAGGAAAAUGAAAGCGACGAAGAUUCUUUUGAUAAAAAUGACAACAAAAAACCGCCAAUAUUGGCAACAUGUUGUGCGUGCGGCGAAGCCAAAUAUGAGCUCGUGUUUGAGGGAUUGUGGGAUAACGCAACAGCAACAAAGACCAGCAGUAUCAGUUUCAGCGACGUAAUUGGCGCUUCACAUUCGACGGACUACGCUUUGUGGAAUUACGGGCAUCACGCAAGCAACGGUUUGAAGUAUCUCAUGAAGCAAGGUGCCUCCUUAAAACUCGAAAGUGAACUCAAGGAUCAAAGUGAACAUAUCAGAACGAUCAUCAAGGCACGUGGCAUCUCAUAUCCGAACGUCGUUGGCAAAUCUUUCGCUGUUUUCCGUGUCGAUUCGAACCAUCAUUUAAUUUCGCUCGUGUCCCGUUUGGAAUCCCGCAAGGAAUUUAGCGUCGGUGUCUCCGGUUUUGAGCUUUGCAUGAAAAAUUGCUCGUGGAUUAUUGGAGAUACGAUUAAUUUGUAUCCGUGGGUCGAGCGAAAUGGCGUCAUUAAGCGUGCAAAGACCCAAAGAGACGUCAAACCAAUUGCUCGUCUUUACAUCACGAGACAGAGCUUGUACGACGACGACUGCGAAAUGGUGAAUGAUGGAAAAUUCCAAAGCGAUCAGGCACAACAAGACGAAUAUAAUAUGUUCACUUACUCAGAAAGACACAAAAAUGACUUAGAAACCAGCGAUGAGGACUCUGAGGAUGAAAUUGAUGCGGAGGACGAUGAUGAAUGCGCUCUCACGGAUUGGAGUGAAUGGACUGAGUGCAAUAAUAGUUGCGGUAAAGGAGAACGUUCGCGUUCGAGAAAGUACAAAUCCAAUGGAGACAAAUGCGAAAAGCAGCAUGACACGAUUUUGCAGGAAAUUGAGGAAUGUGUCGGGAUUGAUUGCCCCGAAGAUAUUAAGGAGUAUGACACAAUUGAGGAUGAAAUGUGUCGAACAACAGGUUGGAGCGAAUGGAGUCCAUGUAGUAAAUCUUGCGGAAGAGGUAGAAAGGCGCGUUAUCGUAGUUUGUUGUCGCAAUCGAAUAUAACGAGCGAGAAACAGAGCAUUGAGGCGAUUCGAUCGAUUGAACGGAGAUGCCAUCAUGUCAAUUUGGUAGAGGAACGGAUAUGCGGAGAGGAUCAACCUGCGUGCGAGGAUCGAUUAUACCAUCCUCCAAGGUACUGCACUCGUCGCCCAAAAGCCGGUUUCUGUCGUCAAAAGAUGCCACGAUGGUAUUACGACAAAAACCUCGAUGACUGUGAGCCAUUUUCCUUCACCGGAUGCGGCGGGAAUAACAACAAUUUUCACUCGUACGACGAUUGUCUCAAAGUCUGCAAAUCUCAACAGAUCAAGGCACCAUCUACAACAAGUUAAAAUCUCAUUUAUCACCUAGCUAAUUAAUCUUCCUGUAUAUUUUUUUGCGUUCGUUUGCCCUUCCUUCCUUCCUUGUCGGGCGUCUGUCUGCAUCCUUAUAAUCUAAUAAUAAUAAAAAGACAGGAAUAAUGAUGUAUACAUUGUAAAAAAUAAAUAAAUUGAAGAUUUUUGCUUGCUUAUUUUUCGUUAUUUGUGUAUAUAAGGAAGACUUUCAGAGGAAGAGAUUAUUAUAACUAUAUCAUGUGAAUCAUUAAAAAUGUAGCAUGCAACUUUUUAUCUUUUAUAA